AUGGAAUUGGAAGAAUAUGUUGACUUUCCAAAACCGGUUCCAGCCAUCAAUCAGGUGGGAUUUCAGGCUGCCAAAGAUAUUGAUACACCAUCUUUGUGGACAGCUGAUCUCUCAAACUCUGUAAAACUUGCUAUCAGACGUAUAUAUCAACUUGCAAAUCAAGGUAUUGACCCUCUCAACAUCUCUAUAGAGUCGACUGUAGCAGCACAUGCAACAUAUGAUACUUCGACUGCCAGUUUUCCUCAGGAAUACGCAAUUCCUCUCCCUGAAAAUCAUCCUGCCGGUCCAGAUCAGACAAUCACUUUGAUUUCAUGGAGUGACGCUCUACAACUGCGUUUGAAGAUAGGACGACGUUUAUCUUUGAUGGAGCCUUCAUGGAUUCGAAGUUUUGGGGAUGUCCUCCCUGAAGUUGAAGAUUUUAUUCGCGAUGAGCAAAAACCAUUACCUUGGUCAAACGGAGUUUUAAUUUCACUUGUUGCUCAAUCAGACGAUUCAAGUCUUGAUCCAUCUCUCAAGGACCUCGUAUUUGGCCGAUGGUACGCAAUGCAGGAUAUUGAAAAAGAUUACUUGAUUGGUAAGGGAACAAGGCGAUAUAGCUACAAGGGAACCUUGCUCAUCGAUGGAAAAUCUCAAAGUGUGGUGGUAAAGGAGAUCCUGAAUGAAGAACAUCAGGAUGAGGAAGCUUACUUGACAGAAUUAGCAGUGUAUCAUCUGACCUCUUGCCUACUUGAAAGAUUCAAGAUUGCAAUGUUUUUCUCUACACAUGUGACAAACGAUCAAAAGUUGUUAUUAAACACUCUACGUCCAUCUGGGACGCAUGCACAAUAUAUCACUUAUCUUAUUGAAGAAGUAUUGUAUCAUCCACUAGAAGUGAUAUGUACCACACGAGAUUUCAGCCCUUCACAGCCGGAAUCUAUAUCAUCAGAUUGUUUGAGCGCAUUUGUGCAUUUCACCUAUGACUACUUCCGAGGUCAAGCACUGGUUUCAAACAUCAAAUUCAAAGAUGGAUUACUGACUGGAAUGCGGAUGAUAGACCUCAGGCACAAGUGGUCAUGGGAUAACCCACGUCAAGAUGGAAUCGACGCAUUUAUCUCAAGUCAUAUCUGUGGGACUGCUUGCUUUGCACUGGAUUUGAAUCCAGCAUCUUUCAAGUAUGACAAGACACUCAAGCAGAUUACAUUGAAACAUAACAAUAUUAACAUUCAAAACAAAGAGUCUAGAAGUGGCACCUCUGAAUCGGAAGAAGAAUCAGGUGUGAUUGAUCAUGUGGAUGAUGGUGAGAAUUGA